CGACGAGGCGGUCGAGAGGUUGGGAAUGACCUCACGGAGUCGCGCGGCAGGGAGCUCCAGCUCUCUUCAUCUCAUCAGGUCAAUGGGUUAGCUGAAGGAGUCAAUCUUUUCGUCUUGUCUUGCUCUCCCUCUUUUGGCAAUCCAUGUUUCCUGCUCGAGUAUCAUGCUCGCUCCGCCGCUGAGAGGCCGACUUGGCCGACCUCAAAUAACAAGCGUGACAAGAGCUUGUCAUUCUACUCGAGUCAAUGGCGUGUCACCACUGUCCAAUCCUUUGAUCGGUACUUCAAAUCUUUCGUUAUAUAUUCCCCGUCCAUCUAAUCUUGUUCCGCGGCCCCGCGGGGUGCGAUGUUCCCCAGCAAGCCUUACCCCUUUCGCGCCAGCACGCCAUGCGUCAACCGGACCUUCGUCGACAAAAGGAGAUAUAAAGCCGCGUGGUAGAGCUAGGAAAAUUAUAUUCAGUGUUUUCGCAUUUAGUGGCAUGUUCGCGCUAUUCAGCGCCGGUCUUGUUGUUGCAUUUUUCAUCUAUGAUGCCUCUACGUACGCCAACGAACCAGUCGUUGAGGAUAUUCCGGUUUCGGAAAUGGCAUUGAACCCGAGACGGGGCGGGCCGAAGAGUCUGCCUAUUGCGGAUGUUUUGAUUGAUGACAGUGAUUCAGAUGAUAAAGAAGCUCAAAAGGAUAAACCCAAGCUUGUUAUUUUGGGGACUGGGUGGGGCAGUGUUGCUCUAUUGAAGUCGUUGAAUCCUGGAGAUUACCAUGUCACGGUGGUAUCUCCGACUAACUACUUUCUUUUCACUCCGAUGUUGCCAUCGGCUACUGUCGGUACACUGGGGCUUCGAUCUUUGGUUGAACCUAUUCGUUUAAUUGUACAGCGUGUUCGAGGUCAUUUUCUGCGGGCAGAAGCAGUUGACUUGGAUUUUGGGGAGAAGCUUGUGGAAGUGUCGCAAGUGGACUGCAAUGGCGUAAGGCAAAAUUUCUAUCUUCCCUAUGACAAACUGGUUAUAGGAGUUGGUUCCACUACAAAUCCGCACGGAGUGAAAGGACUUGAACAUUGCAACUUUUUGAAAUCGAUAGACGAUGCGCGGCAAAUAAAAAACAAGAUUCUCCACAAUCUGGAAUUGGCCUGCUUGCCGACUACCAGUGAUGCGGAAAGGAAACGACUUCUGUCUUUUGUGAUUUGCGGCGGCGGUCCAACCGGUGUUGAAUUUGCCGCAGAGUUGUUUGAUAUGCUGAACGAAGAUUUGUUCCGGUCGUUUCCCAAAAUAUUGAGAAACGAGAUCUCCGUGCAUCUAAUCCAGAGCAGGAGCCAUAUCCUAAACACCUAUGAUGAAACUGUUUCACUCUAUGCAGAGCGACGAUUUGCCCAUGACCAAGUGGAGGUUCUGACAAAUUCAAGAGUGAAAGAGGUGCGGCCCGAUAGGAUCCUUUUUACCCAAAUGGAAAACGGCAAACCAGUCACAAAAGAGAUCCCCAUGGGAUUCUGUUUAUGGUCAACCGGAGUUUCCCAAACCGAAUUUUGUCAGAAGAUUUCCAAGAAGCUCAAAGGCCAGAAUAACCGUCACGCUCUCGAAACUGACACUCACCUCCGACUCCUUGGUGCUCCCGCAGGUGAUGUGUAUGCCAUCGGAGACUGCUCAACCGUCCAGAACAAAGUAGCAGAUCACCUAGUAAGCUUCUUGCGCACCGUUGCCUGGGAGAAAGGCAGGGACCCGGAGAAAGUCCACCUUACCUUCAAAGAAUGGCGUGAUGUAGCCUCACGUGUGAAGAAGCGGUUCCCACAGGCUUCCAAUCACCUCAGAAGACUGGACCGAUUAUUCGAGCAGUACGACAAGGACCGAAGUGGCACCCUCGACUUCGACGAACUUCACGAACUCCUCUCACAAAUAGACACGAAGCUCACUUCCCUUCCCGCUACAGCCCAGCGAGCAAAUCAGCAGGGUCAGUACCUGGGUCGAAAAUUCAAUAAGAUGGCUUCUGUUUCACCAGACCUCAAGGCCAAUGAGACUGAUUAUGCGACCCUGGAUGAAUCCGUGUACCGGGCGUUUGAAUACAAGCAUCUUGGGAGUCUGGCGUACAUCGGCAAUGCGGCUGUGUUUGAUAUUAACGGGUUGAGUUGGGGAGGUGGACUGCUGGCGGUGUAUUUAUGGCGCAGUAUUUAUUUUGCUCAAAGCGUGAGUUUGAGGACGAGAGUGAUGUUGUCAAUGGAUUGGGCAAAGAGGGCGAUGUUUGGAAGAGAUAUGAUGAAUUUCUAAAUAUACCCUGAUUUGAAUCUUUUGUUUGUUGCCUACUUUUGACUGUUUCGCUCUUUUCCAGUCUCAGGCCUGAGGUUUCUACACAAUGUGACUUCAAUAAUAUUUUAGGUCAAAAUUCAGAUUGAAGUAGCUACAUAAUUCAGUAAUAUAAAUAAGUGUGAGUCAGCAAAUCCAGAGCUCAAGGCAAUUUGAAGACAUCCCAACUCAGGUUAAGCCAAUGCUUCCCAUCCGGUACCGGGAAAAGACAAGCUCCCAAACACCUCGCUAAUAAGACAACCAAGUACCCUAAUGAUCAUUAAAAAGAUCAACAGCAGUGCAAUGCACCCUUUACAAUGCGAAUGAAUGGGGUAUCAUAUGUUCAAUCAUGAAAUCAUAGGGUCCACAUCCGCCUGUUCUUGCAUGACGACAUCAUCUCCAUUAUGCUGAGAAGCAUCUGAAGCAUUAUUGGCUUUCCGGGUAUCUCCGUCGAGUCCGAUAUCAAGUUUAUCGGGAACAUCCUUUUUCAUUUGGCGGGCCUUUUGUUCUGCCCAGGCUCGUAGUUUCACCAAGUUUCGAAGCCUAGCUUCACGUUUGGCACCUUGAUUGUGCAAGAUAGCUUCAUUAACACGAUUUGCAAUUGUUUUUCGUAGCUCUGGAUCCAGCAAUGCAGCCAAUGAUGGAGAGAGACUUUCAGCUGGGAAAAUUAGUAGGGACAAUGUCUUCUCUAGGUCCUCAAGAAAUUGAGGAUUGGUCGGGGCCCGCGGGGCUAGUUGCGAUGUUGCGAAGUCAAGUGCGAGGGAGAUGUCACCAUUAGGAGUCGAUGUACAAGUCCGUAUCAGCUCGAUCAGUUGCAACUGAAGGAGUGCGAAGUGAAGCGAAGAAUUACAGUCUAAAAUC